GUACUCGGCUUUAUUUAUAUUACAAACUAAUCUUUCAGACAAUCAGAGUGUACAUGUACUGUGCGCAUGGCCUUAUAUAAACUUUCCUUAUCGUUAUCUUUGUAUUUUUUGUAUUAUUGUUUACCAUCUGCACCACUCAUAGGGCAAAGUUUAUUGGCGUUGCAAAUCCAAACACAGAUGUAUAAAUAACGUAUAUCUUAGCUCGUUAAUUCACACGAUAGUCUGUAAUUUGCAAGCACUCAUCAUGUAGUAAUAGUUCCAUAUGCCAGUUUUCCCUGACUUGGAUUUUUAUUAUCAAAAUGUUGAUGGCGGAAGAAAUAAACAAUGUGACGUUCACCACAAGCACAGAUUCGUUUGAAAAUCAGUCAUUGUGGAUUGAUAAUUCAACCGACACUGAGUUGACGACUUCGUACGAAACAACGGCUUGGGACAACAUCACCGACAGCCCUGAAGACAUUACCAUGGCACCAACGCCCGACCCUAACUCCAUGCGGGAUUUCUACAUCGGCUUGACUCUAGCCGUCAGCUCCAGUGUCUUCAUUGGGUCCAGUUUUAUCAUCAAGAAGAAAGCAUUGAUUAAGAUAUCCACUUAUGCCACUAGAGCAGGUGAUGGUGGCUAUGGUUAUCUCAAAGAAUGGCUUUGGUGGACUGGAUUUUUUUUACUGAGCUUUGGGGAGCUGUUCAAUUUCGUGGCGUACGCAUUUGCUCCGGCUACACUCGUCACUCCACUUGGUGCUCUCAGCGUGCUCGUUGCUGCCGUGAUGUCAUCCUAUGUUCUCAAAGAGGCGCUCAACGUCUUAGGUAAGGUGGGCUGUUUGCUUUGCAUCAUGGGAUCCACCGUCAUGGUCAUCCACGCUCCUCAAGAAGACGCGGCCAACUCGCUGCCGGAGCUGGGGGUGAGACUCAAAGAUCCAGCGUUCAUUACUUACAUCUGUCUAGUGUUUGUGGUGUCUGGUGUCAUGAUCUUCUACUACGCUCCUCGCUACGGCCAGAAGAACAUACUCAUCUACAUUACUAUCUGCUCCAUCAUCGGUUCCCUGUCCGUCAUGGCAGCCAAGGGCUUAGGCAUAGCCCUGAAGGAUUUCUUCAGCGGGAAACCGGUGCUCACCAACUGGUUGACGUAUCUCUUCAUCCUGUGUCUGGUAACGUUUAUCUCCAUACAGAUGAAUUACUUAAACCGAGCCCUCGACGUCUUCAACACCUCCGUGGUCACCCCGAUUUACUACGUGUUCUUCACCACGAGCGUCAUUGUCGCAUCAGCCAUUCUCUUCCAGGAGUGGAUGACUAUGGACGCUGGGUCGGUACUCGGCACCUUAGCCGGUUUCGCCACCAUCGUCUGCGGGAUUUUCCUGCUGCACGCUUUCAAGGACCUCAACAUGGGUUUCAAAGAUUUGUCCAACAUCACCCAAAAGAAGGAGAACAGGCAAAAUAGUAUCAACGAUUCGUCGCCGAACCACGUUCAGGACGAAACAACAUUUAAUAGCAAUAUUGAGACAGAGGCAUUGCUUUCUAAUGCUGAAGAGGGAAGAGCACGUGAUAUAGACUGAGUGGCCCCUUUACAAUUGUAACUGAGUUGUAAAUUGAGUAGUAAUGAGUCAGCCGAGUGGUGAUUGAGUCAGUCACAAGUAAAUCACAAGUCAGUUCACAAGUAGUUGCAAAUGAACACUGACAAAGGAAUGCCGUUGUCACAGUUCGUAGGAAUAGCUUGUGACUUGUCUUGGGUCUGGAGGACUUGUGAAGGACUCUAGCAAUGUGUAGCUUUACAGUACUUCACAUCUUCUUAAGGGGUAUUCUUUGCUUGUAUCUUAUUUAUCCAAAGCAGCAUUUAUUGACAUCGCAAUUAGCCUCAUUUUCAAUUUCAUGAAAGUCUGCCAGUCUGUGCCAGUUCGUGUCAGUCUGUGUUGUCUUAAAGCACAUCCAGGACAUCCAUCCAAUCAUCGCAUGCUGAUGCAGUUCACUGCUUAGGGUGACACUAAACUGGUAACCCUCAAAUCUUCCUGUAUAAAUUAAAAUCAAAAGUACACGCAUGCCAGUUAAAUGUCUUCUACUGCAAAGUGUGUUUGGCGCCCUCGUCAGGUACGGAUAAGAAGAGCUGUGCCAAAGUAGGAAUUUUCGACUUUGACUAUGGCUUCAACUGUUUCAUUCAAUCCUAUCAGCCCAGCCGUAGCCAGAAGUGAAAUAACAUAGUCAAGGCUAUGGCUCGUUUGUGGAAAUUAGGCUGGUACCUUGUACUUACUCCAAAUCAAUGCACUGAUCGUUGUUUUGACUUCAGGGUACCCAACCAAGAUGGCAUGCAAUUGAAGCAUGCAGAUUGGCAUUGGAAAGGUGAACUUCUAGUUGCCCAUUUGCACAGCCGUUGCUACUUUGGCAAUGAAUUUGUCGUAUAAGAAUUAUCCAAAUCAUUCUCGCUUGCAAAAUAUUGGGUGAAUAUGUGUGUGUGUGUGAGAACAUUUGUCAAUUGAAGGUCAGUGUGAUUAUUUCUUUAUAUGCAGUUUUCAGAUCCAGAAAAUCCUUGUGUUACAUCUGAAACAAAAAAGAAUAAUGUAAAUAAAUACAAAUAGAAAAUCCUCAUCUGUUGAAUGUGUUUCUAUGUUUCAGAUGUACAAAAAUAUAUUUGAAUAAUUUAAUACAGUUAAUAUAGUGUGAAUUGUGUACUUCAUGUAACAGAAAUAAUGAGUAUUGUAUAUAAGUGCAGUAGAAAGAAAAUAAUAACUUGUGAGUGUUUAGGAAGUUAUAACAGUCAGCUGCCAGUUUUCUAAUUGAUGUGAAGCACGAUGACUUUACUCGGUGUGAUUAACUUAUUCUUGCAUAAUUCAGGUGUUCCUCCGAAGUGGGAAAUAUCGCUCAACAAAUGUAUGCGCUUAGCGAAAACCGUCCGAACACCAGUCACAAGCAAGGUACAUUAGUACCCGUUUUGGCUUAGCGAAUAUAUUUUGUGCUCAGCAGAUACAUGUGCUUAAUGCUCCCGAAGUUGACCCUGAUCUUCUCGUGUUGAAAUGUUCCCAUUGGUGUUUAAUAUUACGUAGUGCAUUUAACUUUGCGUUUCAGAACCAAUUCCUGUCAACCAAUGUCAGCAACCAAAAUUGUGUUCAAUUAUUAGGCGCUUCAGUUCAUUCAAUUGUUCAUAUGUUAGAAAUAACCGGCUACCCGAGUCAUCAAUUGUAAAAGUUGAGAGGGUCUGGAAGAAUAUUUCGUCGUCUUUUUACGCUUUGACCAGCAAACACGACUUAAGAAUAGCGCCAUGUAACCCCAAAACACAGAAGUACUUUACUUCUUCUUUUUUUUGCUCCUGUGUUUCUGUUCCAUCCUCAUCACAGGUUUUAAGACAAUCCCCAAGAAAGUUGAUCAUUUUUCAAAUGAGGUCUUGGCUACAAAAUUAAUACUAACUCCAAAAUGCCCUAAACACCUUGAUGCCAAAAUUGUGAAUAUUUAAAGUUUUCUUCCAAAGUUGAUCUUCAUUACAUCCAAACUUUCACCGUACUCAAUACCCUCGGUGAGUACUAGAUCAGUCACUGGUAAACAAUUCAAAUAUGAAUGCUGGUCCAUUUCUUAUACCCUGACUAUCCUGGACCCAUGCAAAUCUACACACGUUUCUAGGAUUUUUUAUGGAUUUAGCCAAUGGUACUUCUCAGGGGACUUGAAGUCUCAUUUUUUUUAAAGUAAUGAGACGAUACCCCUUCUUUACUGCAUAGUGCGGUUCCUUGAAUACAGCAAGGAAUAUAGAAUUAACUACCGUAGCAGUGUUCUUGUUGAUUUUUUUUUUGCCUUUGUUGUGUGAUUAUCUGUGACGAAUAUUCCUGGUAAAUAAGAGAAACCCUGUAUUUUGCGUACAAGGAGUGUAUAUUGGUGAUCAAUUUGUACAUAAUGUAACAUUCUUAUUUAGAAAUAUUCUAUUUCGUGACUUAUUUAAGCAUUCAACGGGUCAAUCAACUGCUCGAUUUUAAUUUUUCUGGAGCUAUUUGUCAAGAAGGAUGUUAAUAUUGAUGUGGAAAAGAAAUUCCGUUCAUAUUUAUAUGAUGAGAAAGUAUCGUGUGAGGAAUAUAAGGCAUGUCUUGUGAAUUGAUGUAAAUUUUUACAUCGUUUGGGAAAUUUCCAGUGUUUCGAUUAAUUAUUUGUUGUGUCAUUAUUUUGAUAAUAAAGUCUUUGAUAAGUUGAUUUAAAGAAAAAGUAAAAUUGAAAUAAAAAACUUGUUUUAAACAUUAAGUUAUACAAAGUAAUCUG